AGAGACGUUUGGGUGGGGUGGGGUGCGAGAGGAAGAGUGGUGGCUUUGGCGCGUCGUGUGACGCAGGAGGUGGCCGGCGAAUUUUUUGUUGGCUGUCCUGCGUCUUCCUUCGUGGGUUUGUGAUAUAAAAACGGCAACUUUUUUAUGUAUUUAGCUCCACCUUUGCGAUUAGGAACAAAAUAUUAUAUUGUAUGUCAGAGAGAGAGAGAGAGAGAGAGAGGAAAGGAUAACCCGUAGAAGUGUGUCAGGUAUGAGAUGCGGAACUUUGAUUUCCCUGUGUUCUUUUUGCUGGAAUCUCUCUUCUCAUUGUCAACACUGAUAUGAAAAGAUUUUUCUGAGAGGAUCGUGCUCCAAUUAUGGAGAACUGUUAUGAUCCAAUUGCUGAGGUCGAUUCAUAUAAACCUGGUCGCAAUAUCAUCAUGCACUCCCUCUACCUUCCUAAGUCAUCACCUUGGUUUGAUCUGAGGGUCUUUUACGUGAGAGUGAGCAAUUGUGAGGUCAAUGAAUCAACUCCUGAGCAUCUUACUCUUAACCACGUCCCGCUUACUCCCAACACCGUCCUUGAAGUAAAUGGUCGAAGAAGUGGUGUUUAUUCCGAUUCUGCUUCUUCCUUGCUUAGGAGGGACAGGGUUGAUAAGAGAUCAGAAGAAGUGACAUUUGUGAGCACAGAUAGUGUAAGGAUAACUGGAAGUGUCAGAUUUGAGGUCUACAAUAGAGAUGCUCUGCUGCUUGCUGGAGUCUUGGAGUUGUGUGGUGGUGGUAAUGGUUUUACAGCAGAACCAAAGAAUACUAGCAAGAAAUGGAACCUGAAAUGCCAGCCUGUAACGUGGGCUGGAUUAGGCUUUCUGAAGGGAAAACAUUGCUCGAGUUCAGAGAUGACUUUGCCAACAAUUGAUGUAUAUGUUGCUGGUUGUUUCUCAGGUAGCCCCAUCAUCUUAACCAAGACUCUUCAGCUAGCCUUACGGAAAAAGCAUCAGAUGAAGGUUGUGUUUGAUUCUAUUCCAGAGCGUGGUCCAACUGAACUAAUGAAGAAUGCUUCAUCUGAGGAUACUUUUCAGUUAUUGGAAUAUGGAGGCUACCAACCAGAAAACGAUUUGGAGGUUGAUUACAACAGCAUUUACUCGAGAGCUGAAUAUAUAGAAGGGGAGGAUGGGGAACUUUCAUGGUUCAAUGCUGGUGUGAGGGUGGGUGUGGGGAUUGGCCUUGGCAUCUGCGUUGGAAUAGGAGUCGGUGUUGGAUUGUUGGUUCGCACCUAUCAAGCCACCACCCGAAAUUUUAAAAGGCGACUCAUCUGAUCUUGUUCUGAAGAGUUAUUUCCUCAACUAGUAUCAAUCACAAGCAUUGAAAAUUUUUGUUAUUCUCCCCUCAUCCAUAAAGCAGCUAACCUGGUUCUGCUUCAAUGGCACCUUGUCAUGCUGUGAUAUUUUAGAAAGUAGGAACUUUCUGCUUGUUUCUGACACAGCUUCCCUUGCACUUAUUUCGUGCUUCUGAAGCCUGUUUUGUUUAACAAUAAGGUCCAGGGCCGUUGAGAUUCUGUGGCAGCAUAUGCAUUUUUGCUAAUAUCUCUUCCCUUUACGUAUAUAUCCCAUGGACAAGACCUGGGGGUAUAAUAUUAAUUUAUUCGUUUAUUUUGAUUGGCU